AUGGCGCGUGUCGCAGCGGGGCCUACUGCCGUGCGCCGAGUCACUAGAAGUCAGAGCCGUGAGCUCGAGGACCCGAGUCAUGGUGAUGAACUGAGUUUGAAGACUCCCAGUAGAGAUCUUGGGAAGGGAAAAUCUAAUGCCAACCGUUUAAGCGUCGUUGCGGAAGAAUCGCCGGCUACUUCCCGACAGACAUCCGCCUCCAGACUGUGGUCCCCUAUGGUCCCCGAGUCGCCUGGCUUUCAUGAGGGACAGACCAACAUUUCCGGCACCACAUUCCUAGCUCAUGGUUCUGACUCGGAAGAUGGUGAACCCGAUCCUGCACUCAUGGGCGACGCCCUUCCAGAUCUCCAGCGAGCUGCAACCACGCUGAUGACGCUCCUUGUUCCUCAAUCAUCGAACCCGAUCAACAUUGUCAAGGCGGCUAAACAGCUGAACGACCCAAAGAACACUCAAAGCAAACGGCUGAAACGUGCUGGCACCAAGUUGCUGGAAGACGUGAAAGUCUACAGCCAUCAAACUUACAUCGAUGUGGCCGAGGUCAGCCGCCUGGUUCCUACUGUCGCGCCUCGCGGCACCGCCCAGCCGUGGACCCCGUUGCCGAUCCUGCACAAGGCCAACUGUGCUCGGCUGGCGCUGGAUGUGCUUCUCACCAGUAUUGGUACCCAGGCCCCGGCACAGACAAUUCGAAACCUCGAGAACAAGUUUCCGGCACCCUUUGUAGGUAGCUUUGUCGCUGGCAGCAGCCCGCGGGCUGCGGGGACCAGCGCUACCAAGAAAGCCACUUUCGAGCUCGCACUCGAGAUCCGGACACAGUUCUUGAUUAUGGAGCUGGAGAGACGCCAGGGUGAGAAGGACUUUGAUCCAAGCUCGAUUAUGAAGGGUGUCUUCUAUGACGAGCUUACGCUCGACGGCGAGAACUCUGAAAUAGGUCCUGCCUCGCUCCGCGGAUUUAAGCUCGCCGGCAUCUUUGAAGACGCCAAUGGGUGUCUCCCGGAAGAGUUCCAGGACGACGUCGGUGACCGGAUCAGCGAGCUGGACUAUGAGCUGCUCGACGACGAUGGUGCCCCUAACAUCAAGGGACUGAAGGGGUCCUACCCUUGGGGUAAAUUCAUGCUUCGCGCGACACGCUGGAUCCAGAAACGGGACAGUGAAAUCAACGAGGAUUUGCAAAGACAACCGAGAUUUGAUCAGGUCCAGAGCUUGCUUGAGGGGGAAAUCCAACGCCGCUCGACCUCGGAGUUGCCUGCUGCGCGCGAGUCGACAGCUCCUCGCAUUGACAAUCGGGGUACCCAAGAGUCUCCCUUGCAAGAUAACCGAGAUACCCAUGUGGUCAAUAGAACUCCACAAUUACACCAAGACUUUGAUGCUGCCGUUCCACGCCCGGAGGCGACACCCCAGGGACCUAUCCCGCAGCUGAGUCAGGCCAGCCCAGUCAAGGAGCCGCCGAGAGAUCCCAACCGGCGCAAAUCAAGUAAAAUUCGUUUUCUCAAUUCCAAUUCUAUGGAUGUGCUUAAAAAGCGCGAAGAGACUCGUCGCCAGCAAGACCUCUCCAACCUGGAAUCCCAGCCCACCGGACGGUCUUCCAAUGCAGCGGGCGGAGAUCAGCAAAGGUUCCUUUUCCCUUCCUGGGAGUCUAUAAUCGCAGGUUCCCGCCGUGAGAAGUCACCGUCCCGUGGUGAAACCUCAAGACCCCAUAAUGAGAUCCCGCAGUCUCCUGAGCCGCGGUUCCCGGAUUAUGGUGAUGAUUCCAUGUUCAACCACGAUGAAGAACUGGAUCUUGGCCGAAGCCAGCGGAACGAGGUGCUCGAAUCCACGAGCCCACCGGGCUCGGCGAGAAUCAACCAGGUCAGCCACAAUGGGCGAUUUUUCGAUUCGCCCAGACGAACUCGGGGCCAAGGCCCGUCGACUCGUCCUGCCUUCAUCGACCGGCAAAUCAAUGCCACAAGAGUCUCGCCGGUCAGCCAGGACACCGAUCCCCAGAGCGCCGAGAGACGACAGGCACAGGUUAACGCGCUGCAGUCGCGCAAGCGAGCCCGAGAGGAAUCACCCGACUUCGACUCCGACUCCGACUCCGACAGCGAUGACUUUGACCAGGAUGGUCGUGAAAUCGAUAUCUCCGACCGCCGCGCCCAAAAACCACAGCAGACCCGGCCGGUGGACAAGCGCCCCCGCAAUAACGACAGCCCAGCAAGCGGAGCAGGAGACCAGUUGCAGCAGAGCCUGGUUGUCUACAGCCAGCCGGCGCCGAAUCAGUCUCCCAGGGCUGUAGAGGUUCACUCUCCGCCCGAGCCCGUUUCCUCGGGGGCCCCGCCGUCGUCGCAAAGUCGCUGGACGGUACGGAACGUGCCCGGGGCCGGCAUUGGUCUCCCUGCGCGACCGAUGACGAAGAAAUACUCGCAGGAAGAAGAUGACCGCCUCAUUCGCCUCAUCGAAUCCCACGGUACCAAGUGGGCUCAGAUCAAGCGCGAGGACGAGCUCUGUCCCCCGUCUGAUGGUGGGCCCAAGCUGCAUUACCGGACCCAGGUUAACCUCAAGGACCGGGCGCGGAACUUGAAGAUCAAGUUUCUUAGAGAGGGACUUCCUCUUCCGGCCAACUUCGACCGCGUUCUCGGACCCAAGGCGUGA